GCUGGGCUUACACCUGCUAAGCGGAACGAAACCGAAGGCUAGGUAGGAUUGGAAUUAGGUGAUGCAACCGACAACCUGCUCGGCCUACGUCUACGUGUUGCCUCUUCCCAGUCUUUCCAGGUGUCAGCGAAGCAGUUUGUACAAUACAUUAUAAUUUUAACUUGCAGCAUUUAUAGAUUUGUAUACAGUUCGGCCUUCUUCAACCAGAUCUUGGAGCCCGAGGCCUAAGCCCUUAUUUUCCUUUAGUUCUAACUAUGGCUUCAGUUGCUUCAUAUCAAUUGGGGAGUGCAGCUAGCAAAGUAUACGCGGAAGCUGCGGGCGAGCAAAAGGCGCAUGCGAACUGGAGCCCAUAUGACGACAACGGAGGGACUGUGGUGGCAGUAGCUGGAGAGGACUACUGCAUUGUCGCAGCAAGCACACGGUUGUCAACUGGCUUUAGCAUCCUUAGUCGGCAGGCCAGCAUGCUUUUGGAGCUCACGGACCGUGUGGUGGUGGCCUCUGCGGGCAUGCAGGCGGACCGCAAGGCGCUGCACAAGCUGCUGCAGCACCGCAACGUGAUGUACACCCACAACCACGGGCGCCCCAUGUCGGUGUCCGCCGCCGCGCAGCUGCUGUCCAACACGCUCUACCUGAAGCGCUUCUUCCCCUUCUACACCUUCAACCUGGUGGCGGGGCUGGAUGAGGAGGGUCGCGGCGCGGUGUACAACUACGACGCCAUCGGCUCCUACGAGCGCAGCGGCUACUUCUGCCAGGGCAGCGGCAAGGAGCUCAUCCAGCCGGUGCUGGACAACCAGCUGCGGGCCGCCUCGCCGCUGCUGCUGCCGCCGCGCAGCACCAUCACCGCACUGCCGCUGGAGCAGGCCCUGGACCUGGUGAAGGACGCGUUCGUGUCGGCCGGCGAGCGAGACAUCUACACGGGUGACAAGGUGGAGAUCCUGAUCAUCACCAAGGCCGGCAUCCAGCGUGACGAGCUGCAGCUCAAGCUGGACUAGAGGCUGGGCAGGGGGGGGGGGCCGGGCAGGGGGAUAGCGGGGAGGGGCAGAGGCAGGGGGAAGGGAGUCGGAAGGGGGGGAGGGCGGCACCCCCACUUGUGGGUGUGCGUGUGCGUCGCCCCUACUACGGCAAGGGGUCCUGUAUGCAGUGUGCGAGUCGCUUGAGGGUAGUUGGUCGGCGUGUUGCGUUGUUGACUGCAUGGAGGUGGGCACAUGUACAUUGGCCCGGUGCUUGGGGCGAAUGGAUAGGGAGGCGAAGGGAGGUUGCUUACGUGUGGUUACAUGUUGCCAUAACACACGUUCGACACGCCACAGUCGAAAAGCAGG